GAACUUCCACAUCUCUGCUCUGCCUUCCCAGUCUCCCAUCCCUGAAAACCUCACAAAACCCUCGCUCGCUCCCCACCACCCCGCCGCGCCGCCGCCUGUACCAGCUGCGUCAAGAUGAGUGGCAUUGUCUUCUGUAGUCGGCACCCUGAGGUGAAGUGGGCUCAGAGGAUCGACAAGGUUUACAUCACUGUACAGUUACCUGACGCAAAGGAUGCUAAGGUCAAUUUGGAUCCAGAUGGUGUCUUCACAUUCUCUGGCAGUGCUGGUACAAACUUGUAUGAAUUGAAACUAGAUCUGAAUGACAAAGUAAACGUUGAGGCUAGCAAAAUAAGUGUGGGGGUCAGGUCCAUAUUCUGUAUCGUAGAAAAAGCUGAAGCCAAAUGGUGGAAGAAACUCGUUCGAGAUGAUCAAAGGGCACCUCACUUUGUGAAAGUUGAUUGGGACAAAUGGGUUGAUGAAGAUGAUGAUGGUGCUGAUAUCAACAUGGAUGGGAUGGACUUCUCGAAUUUCGGUGGCAUGGGUGGUAUGGGCGGCAUGGGUGGCAUGGGUGAUAUGGCUGGUAUGGGUGGUCUUGGUGGCAUGGGUGGUAUGGGUGGUCUUGGUGGCAUGGGCGGUAUGGGAAUGGAUGAUUUCGAAGAUGAGAGUGAUGAUGAAGAAGAAGUGUCGAAACCUCAAGCUGCGGACAAGGCUGUUGAGGCUGAGGAGACGGAGUCAGCGGAAACCAAGAUUGAGGCGGCUCAGAGCAGUUGAAGAUGCUUAUGAUCUAAGCUAGAUUGUAUCCUCAUGUUAAUUCUGCUGAAUCGGAGGACAAACCUUACAUUUAUGGUGCUGGCAAGUCCCAGUGGCGUGCCAUGAAAAUUUACGUUCCGUCUUUUAACUGGGUAUCCGAGUGUCGUGCUCAGCAUAUUAUGGAUAUUAUUUCCGUAAUGCUUCCUUUGGUCGCCAAUCAUGUGGUGAAGAGUUUGUUUUACUGGAUUGCUUUAUUUGUUUUUUGGUCGCCAAUCGAAUGGUCUGGUCAAAAGGACUAGUGGCGACGUGAUUUUGUUAUUUGGUUCUCUACCCAGCAAUACAACUCCCACGGUAAAGUGCUACAGAGGAGCACCUUCAA